AUGGCGCGAGCGGCCGGGCUCUUGAUCUUGUUUGGCAUCGUCUGCCUUGCACGUGAUGCUAGCUUCAUCCAUGGGGGCGUCGGCCCAAGCCGAAGCCGCACUUUGCCCCGCCUUCGCCGGGUUCCGCUGCGUGCAGGAUCGGAGAAGCUUGAGGUUGGGGCGGUCUUGUCAGCGACCGUCAAGACGCUGGGCAAGUUCGGGGCCACGUUGGGUCUGCCCGGGGUGGAUCUGCCCGGAAGGAAACACGCCUUCAUUCAUAUCAGCCAGCUGGGUGAUGGCUACACUGACAAGGUGGAGGAUGUGUUGAGUGUCGGGCAGCAGAUCAACGUCAGGGUCAGGGAAGUGAGGCGACAUGAUGGUCGGGUGGAGGCGCCUGGCCUGUCUGCAUGUGUGAACACCCGAAUUGCGUGGUAUUUCCCAUGGAUUCGCAGCAAGAGCUCGAUUCUGCAUCUCGGGCGAUUCGAGGUGACGAUGAAAUCUCUACCGAAGCGCCCGCUCUCGGACUACCAGGAAGGCGAGGUGCUUGAGGGCAAAGUGAUCCGCACCAGCGAAAAUGCGGUCUUUGUGGACACCGGCACAGAUGUGCGCAAGCUCAAUAGUGAAUCGCCUGAAAGUGAGCCGGGUGAUGCCUGCAACUUCUUGCGCCAACUAGGUUUUUUCGCCGCCGACGGCGAUCUGGACCUCUCGAGGAUGGUCCGCCCCAUUGACCUGUCGGCCUUGUGCGAGGAGGCCCCUGAGAGGGCCGUGGCCCAGAUGAAGGCAGCCCUGCGGCGUGCCGGCGUCGAUUGGCCCUGCCAAACAGCCGCCGUCGCCGGCCCCAAGCGGUUGAGCUCCGAGACGUACAGGACCCUGAAUUUGGCAUUGCUGCUCGACGCAGCUGCGCGCAUUGCCGUGCUUGUGGCCGCGGCCAAUAAGCCGCCCGCCCUCCUUGCCAGCGUGCUGGUCUUCCCAGCCGUUGAUGCCUUUUGCGCCAUGGGAGGCUGGCUCGUGGGCAAGUACUACAAAGCAUGA